CGUACACUUCCGGUGACUGAUCAUUGAUGAUCCACCAAAAAGCCCUAAUCGAAUGUGGUGCAACUGGCUCUAAGACAGCCUGUCAUUGAACUUCUAGAAUAGUUUAUAGGAUUUGUUCAAGUUUUAGGAAAAUCUGAACAUGCGUAGAAGUCAGCGUAACGAUUAUCACAGACCUAAAAGGAUUAAUAGGAAAAGUAAUUUCUGUGAAGAUGAUAUAAGUAAUUUCUGUGAAGAUGGGUUUCACUCGUCUAAGGAAGAUGAUAUUGCCAAUCAUUCUAUGUCAAAGAUUCAAGGAAAUGAAAAGAAGAGACCGUGGGGUGAGAAAGUCAAGUGGCAAUUCAAAAAUGACAAACAAGACAAAUUGAGAGAAAAGCAGGAAGGUUACACUUCAGGAGCAAUAUACAAUGAUCCCCUAGGAAAUGGAAGUAAAGAAUUGAAUAGACAUUCCCAAAUACUCACACCACCCAAUAGGGACAGUCCAACCAGUGAUGAAAAAGAGAGGAAUAGGCGAUCACUUAUUCUCACACCACCUGAUACACACAGACAAACAAAUCAGGAGAGGGAAUGGUUCAAAUCAUCAAAAUUUUUGAAAUCUGGUAUGAAGAAAGACUUACCCAAUCAAUUAGACCAUUCAAACAUACUGACAGAGACAAGCCAUUCAAACAGACUAUCAGUUCAAAGUCACUCGCAUGGACCAGCAAUGUCAAGAUAUACUCACGGACCGGCUGUGCAAGGCCAUUCGCACGGACCAGCCAUGUCAAGGCAUUCACAUGGACCUGCAAUGUCAAGCCAUACACACGGACCGGCAAUGGCAAGCCAUUCACAUGGACCAGCAUUAAACAGAGCAAAAAUUCAAAACAGACCAUCUGUUCCGAUCAAUACGAACGGAACAACAAUUCCAACCCAUUCAAACAGACCAACUAUCCCAAGGCGUUCAAGCAGCAUUACAAUGACAAGCAAUUCAUACAGACCAACAAUUCCAAUCAAUUCAAACAAAUCAACAAUUCAAAUCCAUUCAAACAGACCAACAAUUUCAAGCCAUUCAAACAGCAUUACAAUGGCAAGCCAUUCAAAUAUACCAACAAUUCCAAUCAAUUCAAAACCAGAAAUCGCAAGACAUUCACACCUAUAUCCAACAGAAAGCUAUUUCAACGGACAAGAACUUGAAAGCCUUUCACAAAUACAUCCAAUGGAAAAUGUUUUAGUUGGACAAGAAAUGGAAAGCCAUUCACAUUUAUAUCCAAAGACAAGCCGUUCAAACAGACCAGAAAGAGCAAGUCAAUCAAACCUACCUGCAAUUUCAAUCAAUUCAAACACACCCAAAGUGCCAAGCUAUGCAGGUCUACCAUCAAAGGCAAGUCAUUCAAAUAGACCGACAAUGGCAAGUCAUUCAAACAGACCAGAUUUUGGUAGCCAUUCAAACAGACCUGAUUUUGCAAGCCCCCUUGUGGUAAACCAUUCAAACAGAACCAUACGUUCCCAUUUUUAAAAACUCCAUUUGGUAUCUGGUGCAUAACAUUUCUAUAAAACAUAAUUUUAGCUGGUGGUGUUUGCCUGGACGGUAUUUUCUAUCUUAAAGUAGUGUCAUAUACCUUCUCUUCAUUUUAGUGUACUGUCGAUGACAUAAUUCUCUCACAAAAUCUUCUAUUUGUAUCAUUCUUGUACUUAUCAUAAUGUGUAGAAAGAAUUAGUGUAUUUAUAACUAGAAUACCAACAUUUUUUUUGGGGUGUAGUAAUGACUCACUUAACCAAGACGCUUAUCUAAUACCUUGUAACUAAUAAGACAAGAACUUUUAGUUUGAUAAUCUAAUAACAAAACUGACACCAGUAUAAGACUCAAUGACAAUAAUUGUAAUGUUAAUAUUAGCUACUACUUUUUGUGAUUCUAGUAGCACUAGCACAGCUCAUAUAGAAACAUUUCUGUUGUAGUUAUUCGGAUCAUUUCCAACUUAAAUCAUGUAGUAUCA